UGUGUGUGUGUGUGUGUGUGUGUUUAGUUAGCUGGCAGGAUACACUUCCCCAGGGUUGUGUUUCCUUUUUCCUGAGAUUUGGCUAAGGGUAAAGGGUCGGAGUCACAUGGAUUGAAAGCAUUUGAUUGAUGUCCAAGUCACCGCUGUGGCUGGAGCCGCCUCCCCUCAGGCUGGAGCCGCGUGAGGCCGGAGCAGCGGGCCGGGCUGGGCUCCCGCUCUCCCGGGACUGUCCUGUUCUGAGUCCAGAGCGUCCCGCGCGUCCCGCGCGCGCGCCGCAGCCCGAGCACAGUCCUCUGCCCACACCCCGGCCUCCGGCCAGCAUGUAAAGCUACGCGUUCGGGCUGGGACUCGGUAGAGGCGGCAACUUUGCUGGCGGCAGUGGCAGCAGUGGCGGCAGCAGGCGCGGGGCAGCGCACUUGCCCCCAGCUCCGCGCCCCGCCGGCCACCAUGAGCGACGAAAGCGCCAGGGAAGUAGACAAGCAGCUUCGCCUGCGCGUGUGCGUGCUCAGCGAGCUGCAGAAGACCGAGCGCGACUACGUGGGCACGCUGGAGUUCCUAGUGUCGGCCUUCUUGCAUCGAAUGAACCAAUGUGCAGCAGCAAAGGUUGAUAAAAAUGUGACAGAGGAAACAGUGAAGAUGUUAUUCUCCAAUAUCGAGGAGAUCCUCACCGUACAUAAGGAGUUCUUGAAAGUUGUAGAAGAAUGCUUAUAUCCGGAACCCAAUGCACAGCAGGAAGUGGGAACCUGCUUCCUCAACUUUAAGGACAAGUUUCGUAUCUAUGAUGAAUAUUGCAGCAACCAUGAAAAGGCACAAAAAUUGCUUCUUGAACUGAACAAAAUAAGAACAAUCCGGACAUUUCUUCUGAACUGCAUGCUGCUUGGAGGUCGGAAGAAUACAGACGUUCCCCUGGAAGGAUAUUUAGUGACACCAAUUCAGAGGAUAUGCAAGUACCCUCUUCUUUUGAAGGAAUUACUGAAGCGGACUCCACGGAAACAUAGUGACUACGCAGCAGUGAUGGAAGCACUCCAAGCCAUGAAAGCUGUUUGUUCCAACAUUAAUGAGGCCAAGAGACAGAUGGAGAAACUGGAAGUUUUAGAAGAGUGGCAGGCACACAUUGAAGGCUGGGAGGGGUCCAACAUUACCGACACCUGUACUGAGAUGCUGAUGUGUGGAGUCCUAAUGAAAAUUUCUUCCGGAAAUAUUCAAGAACGGGUGUUUUUUCUUUUUGAUAAUCUUUUGGUAUACUGCAAAAGAAAACACAGACGGCUGAAGAAUAGUAAGGCAUCCACGGAUGGGUAUCGGUAUGUCUUUCGAGGGCGGAUCAAUACUGAGGUGAUGGAAGUGGAAAAUGUGGAUGACGGCACAGCUGAUUUUCACAGCAGUGGGCAUAUUGUUGUGAAUGGGUGGAAGAUACACAACACAGCAAAAAAUAAAUGGUUUGUAUGCAUGGCUAAAAGCCCUGAAGAAAAGCAUGAGUGGUUUGAAGCUAUUUUGAAAGAGAGAGAACGUCGGAAAGGGUUAAAAUUAGGAAUGGAACAAGACACCUGGGUAAUGAUCUCCGAGCAGGGUGAGAAGUUGUAUAAAAUGAUGUGCAAACAGGGAAAUCUGAUCAAAGACAGAAAAAGAAAACUGACCACAUUUCCUAAGUGCUUCCUGGGAAGUGAAUUUGUCUCAUGGCUAUUGGAAAUUGGAGAGAUUCACAGGCCUGAAGAAGGUGUUCACUUAGGACAAGCAUUGUUAGAGAAUGGGAUCAUCCACCAUGUUACCGACAAGCACCAGUUCAAACCGGAGCAAAUGCUAUACCGAUUCCGUUAUGACGAUGGUACAUUUUACCCCAGGAGUGAGAUGCAGGACGUGAUUUCUAAGGGUGUAAGACUCUACUGUCGUCUUCAUAGUCUGUUUACCCCAGUGGUCAGAGAUAAAGAUUACCAUUUAAGAACUUACAAAUCUGUUGUCAUGGCCAACAAAUUGAUAGACUGGUUAAUUGCACAGGGUGAUUGCCGUACCAGGGAAGAGGCAAUGAUAUUUGCUGUUGGGCUCUGUGACAAUGGAUUUAUGCAUCACGUCCUAGAAAAAAGUGAAUUCAAAGAUGAGCCUCUACUUUUCCGCUUUUUUGCUGAUGAGGAAAUGGAAGGAUCAAAUAUGAAGCAUAGGCUUAUGAAACAUGACUUGAAGGUUGUGGAGAACGUCAUAGCUAAGUCACUGUUGAUUAAAUCCAACGAAGGCAGCUAUGGCUUUGGCCUGGAAGACAAAAACAAAGUUCCAAUAAUAAAAUUAGUGGAAAAGGGGUCGAAUGCCGAGAUGGCUGGCAUGGAAGUUGGGAAGAAGAUAUUUGCCAUUAAUGGUGACCUUGUUUUUCUGAGACCUUUUCCUGAAGUUGAUUGCUUCCUGAAAUCGUGCUUAAACAGCAGAAAGCCACUGAGAGUCCUCGUGAGCACAAAGCCAAGAGAGACCGUUAAGAUUCCAGAUUCUGCAGACGGGCUUGGUUUCCAGAUCAGAGGCUUUGGACCUUCAGUUGUGCAUGCGGUGGGAAGAGGUACUGUAGCUGCAGCAGCUGGCCUUCAUCCAGGACAGUGUAUUAUCAAAGUGAAUGGAAUCAAUGUCAGCAAAGAGACACAUGCCAGUGUCAUUGCACAUGUCACAGCCUGCCGGAAAUACAAGCGGCCAAUGAAGCAAGAUUCCAUACAGUGGGUCUAUGAUAGUCUUGAAAGUGCUCACGAAGACAUUCAGAAGUCCCACUCAAAGCCCCCUGGAGACGGGGCUGGGGAUGCUUUUGAGUGCAAAGUAGAAGAUGUCAUCGACAAGUUCAACACCAUGGCUAUUAUCGAUGGCAAGAAGGAGCAUGUGAGUCUGACGGUGGACAACGUCCACCUCGAAUAUGGGGUUGUAUAUGAGUAUGAUAGCACGGCUGGCACAAAGUGCAAUGUGGUGGAGAAGAUGGUGGAGCCCAAAGGGUUCUUCAGCCUAACUGCCAAGAUUCUGGAAGCCCUAGCAAAAAGUGACGAACAUUUUGUCCAAAACUGCACCAGCCUUAAUUCUUUGAAUGAAGUGAUCGCCACUGAUCUUCAGAGUAAAUUCACCAGCAUGUGCAGUGAGAGAAUCGAACACGUGUGUCACAGAAUAUCCAGCUAUGGGAGGUUCUCUCGGGUGCUGAAGAACAGAGCCUGGCCCACCUUUAAGCAGGCCAAACCUAAGAUCUCCCCACUGCACAGCAGUGAUUUCUGCCCAACCAACUGCCAUGUCAAUGUGAUGGAAGUUUCUUAUCCGAAAACAUCAACUUCCCUGGGGAGUGCCUUCGGUGUGCAGCUAGAUAGCAGAAAACAUAAUUCUCAUGAUAAAGAAAAUAAAUCUGUCGAGCCAGGGAAACUGAGCCCCAUGGUGUAUAUUCAGCACACAAUCACAACCAUGGCAGCGCCUUCGGGCCUGUCGCUGGGACACAAGGAUGGGCAUGGCCUCCGGCAUUUGCUGAAAGAAGAAGACUUAGAAACUCAAGAUAUCUAUCACAAACUUCUGGGCAAGCUGCAGACUGCACUGAAGGAGGUAGAGAUGAGCGUUUGUCAAAUUGAUGACCUUCUGUCUUCAAUAACAUAUUCUCCUAAAUUGGAGCGUAAGACAACAGAGUGUGUGAUACCAAUGGACAGUGACAACGAGAAGGGAGAGAGAAAUAGCAAACGUGUCUGUUUUAAUGUAGCAGGGGAUGAGCAAGAGGAUUCAGGCCAUGAUACAGUCAGCAACAGAGACUCUUACAGUGGAAUACCAACCUGGGCAAGCAUGUUCUUAAAGCAACAUAAGGCUCUUUUUUGCAGUGACUGCAACAGCAACAGGAAUUCCAUUGCCUCCUUCACGAGUAUCUGCAGCAGCCAGUGCAGUUCCUACUUCCACAGUGAUGAGAUGGACUCAGGUGAUGAGCUUCCUAUCAGUGUCCGGAUAUCUCAUGAUAAACAAGACAAGAUACACACUUGCCUGGAACAGCUCUUCAGCCAGAUUGAUUCAAUAAUCAACCUCUUGAAAGGACAAGCUGUUAUAAGAGCCUUUGAGCAGACCAAGUAUCUCACACCAGGUCGAGGAUUACAAGAAUUCCAACAGGAAAUGGAGGCAAAGCUGAGUUGCCCCAGGAGGUUGCGGCUCCAUCUCAAGCAGGAUCCUUGGAAUCUUCCCAGCGGCAUCCAGGCUCUUGCACAGAGCAUCAGAAAAUAUGUUGAAGAGGUGAAGUGCCGCAUACUCAUGGCUCUCCUUGAAUACUCAGAUAGUGAAACCCAACUCCGGAGAGACAUGGUUUUCUGUCAAAGUCUUGUGGCCACUGUCUGUGCCUUCUCUGAGCAGCUCAUGGCUGCCUUAAACCAGAUGUUUGACAACAGCAAGGAAAAUGAAAUGGAGACUUGUGAAGCCAGCAGGAGGUGGCUGGACCAGAUUGCAAAUGCUGGUGUGCUUUUUCACUUCCAGUCACUUCUGUCACCAAAUUUGAAAGAUGAACAAGCCAUGCUUGAGGAUACACUGGUAGCCCUGUUUGAUUUGGAAAAAGUUUCCUUCUUCUUCAAACCAUCAGAAGAGGAUCCACUGGUUGCAAAUGUCCCUCUUACCUACCAAGUGGAAGGAAGCAGGCAGGCUCUGAAAGUUUACUUCUACAUGGAUAGUUACCAUUUUGAGCAGCUGCCCCAACGGUUGAAGAAUGGAGGAGGGUUUAAAAUUCAUCCUGUUCUCUUUUCACAAGCAUUGGAGAGUAUGGAAGGAUAUUGCUAUAGAGACAACAUCUCUGUGGAAGAGUUUCAAGCACAAAUAAACACAGCCUCCCUGGAAAAGGUCAAACAGUACAAUCAGAAGCUCAGGGCAUUCUACUUGGACAAGUCAAAUUCCCCACCGAAUGCCACAUCUAAAGCUGCCUACAUAGAUAAGCUCAUGAAGCCUCUCAAUGCUUUAGAUGAACUUUACCGGCUGAUCACCUCAUUUAUCAGAUCCAAACGCAUCGCUGCCUGUGUGAACACACCGUGCAGCGCCUCUGGAGUCGGACUGCUGUCAGUUUCUUCAGAGCUGUGUGACAGGCUUGGUGCCUGUCACAUCAUCAUGUGCAGCAGUGGUGUGCACCGGUGCACCCUGAGUGUGACACUGGAGCAAGCCAUCACUUUAGCAAGAAGCCAUGGGCUCCCUCCUCGGUAUAUUAUGCAGGCCAUGGAUGUGAUGAGAAAGCAGGGUGCAAGAGUUCAGAACACAGCUAAAAACUUGGGGGUUAGAGACCGGACACCUCAGUCAGCUCCGAGGCUCUACAAGCUGUGUGAGCCACCACCUCCAGUAGGAGAAGAAUGAGCAUCCCACGUGCCAUGGGACAGAUGCUUCCAGAUGCUGGCCAAGUCAACAUUCUCCACCGAAGACAAAGAGAUGCAAAUUAAAGAUUUAAAGUCUUCCCAUGGUGUGAAUAACUGAUGUUUGGUUUGGACAUUUAUGGUGGAACUAGAAGUUCCUUCAGACAGUUCAGCCUUACACUCUAUAUAUUAAGAAUACAGAUUCACAUUAGGGCAAAAUUCACUUCUCGUAUUUGUAGGAAAAUGUACAGAGAUAAAAGAUUAACUAUUUUGGUUCCUUUCUCAUUCAUUAAUUAUAUUGUAUUUCUUUUUAGCUUCCCCAAUGGACAGAUAUUAUACUUGAUAGUUUUUCUUGAAGAAGUCUGUCCUAAAAAUGUGGCCACACUCUGGAAACAAUCAUACAGAAAUAUUAAGGACAGUGUAGAUGAGGAGUUACAGGUGUCCCAUAUACCACUUGAGUCACCAAGCAAGGCGCAUAUGAGAGGUAGGGAAGUACCUGCCUCCCUUUCUUCUUGGGCUUCCUGGUAACAAAGAAAGCUAAGAGGUUCUGGCAAGACAUUUUCCCUUUUGUCAUGUCUAGUCUCUGGUCUUGUAAACACUCCAGUAGGCAGGUGCUUUUCUUGAUCUUUACAAUGAGCCAUGAGUGCUGCGUGAUGGACCACUGGUGGCUGUGGGUAGGGAGUUGCUAGGUUGGAGAAAUGAGAGGAGUGAAUGAGGAUGGAAAAUAAUAAACGUAUUUGACUACUCACCCCUUGCCAGAGAAAGAUAAAUUCUUAAUUAUAUGAAGUCUUCCUAUGAAAUGUCAAACCGUUAAAAUAACACACCUUCCUGAGAAUUUUUCUAUCAAGUUAUAUGUGUAAGAUAUGAAAAUAGAUAUAUAUGUUAUACUUCAAAAGGCCAUUAGAGAAGAACUUUGAUAAUUUAUGGAACCAAGGAAUAGACUGUAUUCAUUCUAAAGUAUAUGCAAUAUUUAUCACAUCUGUGUUAAUAUACUAAAAUUAUUUUAGCACAUAAAUAUAUUAAUAUUGGUUUUAAAUAUAUAUCUUUACAAGUAAUUAAAACAGCAUCACUGUGAUUAUGAUAAAGUUGUGCUUUGCUUAAUGAUAGGAAUAAAUUGUGCCUUUAGGUGAUAUUAUCAUUGUAUAAAUGUCAUGAGGUGUACUUACACAAGCUGAGAUGACUGUGGCCUCAGACCAUAUGACCUAUGGAACCACUUCCUAUAGGCUGUCCAUCACUGGCCCAAAGACCUCUAACAGCACAGAACUGUGUGUGGAUAUGGGCUAAGCACAUGAAUUCCUUACUUUAACUACAGUUUUGGCAAACCAUUAUUCAACUUUACUUUAUAAAUCUCAUAAUGAAUUUCAGACUAUCAUUAAAAGCUAUCAUUACUGCCAGUGAUAUAUUGAAUUUAAAAGUGUGCUUCAAAGGUAUGGGAUACAUAUAUCCUACAAGUUAAGAGUGAAAAUUAUUCAGCACAGAGUACAUAAGUUUUUUCAGUAAAUCUAUUUGUGACUAAUUGUAGAGAAACCAACAUUAGUUUCUAAAGAAAAGCCUUAGCAUUCUGAAUUUAAUAAAGAUAUGACCUACAUUUGCAUAUAUGUGACAUACAUCCAUAACUUUCAGGAUUAAUAUUUUUGCUAUCAUCAGCAUAUAAGUGUGAAGCUCUGGUAGCUCAGGCUGCCUUCUCUGAAAGUCUUGAGAGUAAGGAGAGCUGAUUGUCCGACUAGGCAGACCCUUCACACUGCUUUACUCUUCUGUGUUCACCAGCCUCAGUAAGUCUCCAUAGAGGAACAGAAGGGCUACGAAGCAUGCUUAUUUUAUUUUUUCUCAUUAAACUUGUUUUAAUGGUCUCAAAAUUUUGGGACAGAUUUUUGGUCAAGUUGUUUCCAUUAAAAAGUACUGAUUUUGAAAACUAAUAACUUAAAACUGCCACACACACACACACACACACACACACACACACACACACACACACACAAAUGGUCCACAAAACAUUCUUUCCUUCUGAAGGUUUUAUGAUUAUAUUGCCUGGGCAUAUUAUCUGCUUUUUCAGUAUUUAUAAAUUAGUAUAUUUUAAGGAUCCAGUCUAUAUAACAGAAUGUGGUUAAUGUUAUCAUUUGAGUUAAACAUAUUAUUUGUGUACACAGCACUUACAAACUAUAAAGCUUGCUUUAGUGUUUUAUAGUAACAUCUAUCACUGUCAUAUUUUUUCAUAGUAAAAUCAUAGCUGACAUGGUUUAGUGUAUUCUAAAUGGCACCUUUGAUUACCUAGCCCACGUUUUGAUAUUCCUCCUUCACAUAGCCUUGUAGCAAGGAUGAAAGCUGACCCUGUCUUAUUACCUGCACUUCACAGUUCUGCUAAGCAAAUACUAACCCAGUGACUUGCACAAGUUCACUUGAUGAACAUGGGGGAGUCAGAAGUUAAUGUAGAAAACCUGUCUUAAUGAUUGCACUGCUUUUAUCUGUUGUAUGAGGACCAUUAUAAUAUUAACAAUUAUUUUCUGACUAAAGUUGGAGUUUUAUGACAUGUAUUGUCAUUUAAUUUAUAUGGAAGAUGUUGCAAAGUCAAGUGCGAAUAUGCAGAAUGCCUUUAAAGUACAAGAACUAUAUUCUUGGCACUUUCCAUUCAUAAUUGAAGAGAAUCCACAUGUAUUGCAAGCCAGGAGUAGGACAUUAUAUAAAAUUUGACUAUAAUUUUAAAAGUGUUAACACUUAAAAACCUUUGAUAGAUGAGUAAUCAUUUUCAAUACCAUAAUAUAUACAUUCUUUUGACAUUGGAAUUUUACAGGCCUUGGGAGUUUAGAACUCCCUUGCUUUAAUGUUGCACUAUCCUCUGCCACUGGGGAUUAUUGCUAAGCUAAGGAAAACACUGCUUACUGUUCUUACAACUUCUAUAUGUGGACAUAGAUUCCUGUCUACCCAUUGAGAGAUUUCAGAUCAUAUCAUGGGAACAGAAUCAUAUUUACUAUCUUACAGAUUUUCUCAUUCGUUUUAAACAUUACAAAAUUUAAUUUUGUAAAAAUAUGAAAAUUUAAGGGCUGAAAAUAUGAGAGAAAGACAGACAGAGGAUGAUAGUUUCUGGUCCAGGUUUACUUGGCAGAAUAUGUAAAUGCUGGGUUUCUACUGUAUGCUCUCUCCUGGAAACCAGAAUCCUCAUCUGCAGGACCAUGCUACUUUCUUUCCUUUUCACAGAAGUUUUCUGAUGUCUUCAAUCCCCUGUGUAUUCAUUUGGCUCCUCUUCUUGCUACAAGAUGUUCAAUUAAACAGGAAGGUAGAGCUGUGAAUGUGGCACAGUGGUUGAGUGCUUGCCUAGCACACGUGAAGCCGGGUUAAACUAUACUGGCUCUCCUUUAAGCCAAUGGUGGCUCACACCUGUAGUCCCAGUACUUGGAGAGUCAGUAGGAUUGUCAGGAGUUCAAGGGAAGCUUGAGAUACAUAUGAAUGUGAGGCCAGUCUAAACUACAGUGGGUGACAUGGCCCACGAAGGAAACAAAGAUACUACAGUGUGUGUUACAUGGGGUUGGUGCUAUUUCUGGCUCUAUUAAUUUUAACUUUGAAUAGCUCAAUUCAGAAUGAAAUGAAGUUGAUCCUAUGUUAACUUUAAUGGUGAAGAAAAUCAAUGAGAAAGAAAUUCAAGAGGAAGUAUUAGCUAACUUAAGCAAACAAAAUCCUGCAGUAAGCACAUAGAUUUUAUAGGCAAGGUUAUUUAAAGCAAAUACGUUUCUAUCUCAAGCUGUCAAGUAUUCUUAUACAGUCCAAGCAUCUGUAGUCCUAUACAGUAUGAGUCAUCACAUGUAAGCAGGUGUUUUCUCAGGCAUUUGGAUUUCUAUAGAAUCAUAAUAUUAAAAUUUCAAAGUAA